AAUGGGGGGGGGUUUACCUGGAUAUUCAACUUGAGGGAAAUAUUUGAUAUUUUUCAAAAAUUGUCUUGUUGCAGUUUAUAUAUAGUCGAAUCAGUGUUACUUUGUCUUCUUAACAACAUUGAUUUGUGAAAAAGCUAUAUAUUCACCAUUUUUAUUGUAGAUAACACCGGCCAAGUUUUUUGUUAAAACUAGAAACAUUCAAGGCCGAUAAAAAAACAUCUAAUUACAAAUAAGUAAUAAGAAAUUAUUCUACUCUUUUUUCUGUUUCAACACCUGUUUGUUGUCUGUUCUAGAUUUUAUAAUAAUUCCAUCAUGAAACAAAAAACACAACCAAAAGUUCUCGAUGAAGAAAAUGAAAUAGAAACAACUGAAGAAAAUGGAAAGGAUGAAUCAACAAUAAAUGAAACAUCGAUAACAACAUCUAUUGAUCAAUUCAAUUUUACAGAAGAAGAAAGAAAAAAAGGCACAUUUAAAAAUUUCAAAAUUUCAAAGAAAAUUAUUAAAAAAUUAAAAGCUCGUGGUGUAGAAUUUUUAUUUCCCGUUCAAUCAGAAAGUUUCAACUUUAUUUAUGAAAAAAAAGAUUGUAUUGUCCAAGCACGAACGGGUACUGGAAAAACAUUAGCAUUUUCUAUACCCAUUGUUGAAUUAUUAGAAAGUCAAGAGACUGAUAAAUUAGAACGUGGGCGUUCACCACGUGUUCUAGUAUUAGCACCCACACGUGAAUUAACAAAACAAAUAUCUGAUGAUUUUAGUACAAUUGUCACUACUUUAUCCGUUGUAACAAUCUAUGGUGGUAAAAAGUAUGAUCAACAAGAAGGAGGAUUACGUGCAGGAUGUGAUAUUAUUGUUGCUACACCCGGUCGAUUACUUGAUUUUAUUUCCAAUGGGAAAAUAUCACUAGCAAAUAUUCAACAUGUUGUAUUAGAUGAAGUAGAUCGAAUGUUAGAUAUGGGAUUUAAAGACAGUGUAGAUGAAAUAUUGUCAUAUGCUUUUACAUCUGAAACUACAGAAAAACCACAAAUGAUUGUAUUUUCUGCUACAAUUCCGGAUUGGAUUAAACAAGCAACACAAAAAUAUCUAUCUGGUGGUAAAUAUGAAAUGAUCGAUUUAAUUAAAGAUAGUAAACAAAAAACAGCAACAAAUGUUGAACAUUUGGCUAUUUCAUCAACAUAUCAAGAUCGUGCAAAUAUAAUUGAAUCACUAUUACAAGUUUAUAGUGGACAAGAUGGACGAGCAAUUGUAUUUUGUGAAACAAAAAAAGAAGCUGAUGAAUUGUCGGUUAGUCAUGAUAUUAAAGCAGAAUCACAUGUUUUACAUGGGGAUAUUCCACAAGAUAAAAGAGAAAUGGUUUUAAAGAAAUUUCGUGAAGGAAAAUAUCGUUUAUUAAUUACAACCGAUGUAGCAGCUCGUGGCUUAGACAUUCCAGAAGUUGAUCUUGUCGUUGUAACUGCACCGCCUAAAGAUGUUGAAGCUUAUAUUCAUCGUUCUGGACGAACUGGUCGUGCAGGAGGAAAAGGAAUCUGUAUCUGUUUGUACAAAUCUACUCAAACAUAUGAUCUUCAAGGAGUAGAAAAACAAGCUGGUAUAAAAUUUAAACGUGUAACCGCUCCAAGCGUCAAUGAAGUGAUGAGUUCAUCGUCGGCUGACGCUGUCAAAUCAUUAGAUGACGUUACCGAAGAAGCUAAAGCACAUUUUCGUGUAGCAGCUGAACAAAUCCUCGUAAAGCGUGAUGCAGUUGAUGCAUUAUCAGCCGCCCUGGCAUGCAUAGCAGGAACAACAAACAUUGUGGCAAGAUCUUUACUUUCCCAUAGAGAGAAUUAUACAACCUAUAUGAUGAGUGUUCAAGAUGAAUUUCAAGGUGUUGGAUUAGUUUUCACGACAUUGAGACGUUGUUUUGGAGAUGAAUUUGAUGCAAAAAGCAAUUGUUCUAAAAUAGCAUUCACAAAAGAUAGAAAAAAUGCUGUUUUUGAUCUUCCGAGUGAAUUGGAUGAAACAUUACAAGGUUAUUGGAAAGAUAGUCCACGAUUACAAUUAAAAACAAUAACAGAAUUACCAGAGCUAGAUGAAUCAACUAUGAAUGGAGGAGGAAAUGAAUACGGCUCAAGAGGUGGCGGUGGCCGUGGUCAACGUGGCGGUGGAUCACGUGGUGGUCGGGGUGGACGUAAUUCAGACAGGCCAUCAAAUGCAUGUUUCAAUUGUGGACAAACAGGUCACAUGUCGAGAGAGUGUACUGAACCAAAAUCGGGCGGUGGACGUCAAUCGAACGGACAAUCAAAUGCUUGUUAUAACUGUGGACAAACAGGACAUAUGUCACGAGAAUGUACUGAACCAAAAACUGGUGGCGGUCGUCCAUCAUCAAACGGACAGUCAAAUGUAUGUUUCAAUUGUCAACAGCCUGGCCACAUGUCACGAGAAUGCACUGAGCCAAAAAAAUUUGGUGGUCAACGAGGUGCACGUGGUGGAUUUGGAGGUGGUCGUGGUGGAGGACAGAAACGUAGCUUUGAUCACUCAUCAACAACUAACGGCAGUGCCACAAAUGGAUCAUCAAAUAAAAAAGUUAAAUUCGAUAGUGAUGGUGAAGACUAA